AUGCAUGGUUUUUUUGCAUCAAAACGAGGUGUUAGGCAAGGGGAUCCCAUAUCUCCCUUGCUGUUUGUCCUUGGAAUGGAGUACCUAUCAAGAAUAUUGAGUAAAGUGGUUACUUUAUCUGGUUUCAAAUACCAUGAUAAAUGCUCCAAUCUGAAGUUAAACCAUCUAUGUUUUGCGGACGACCUUCUUAUUUUCUGUCAUGGAGACUAUGUUUCAAUCCUUCUCAUGCUCAAAGGUCUGAAGCUAUUUUCCUCUUCUUCGGGCCUGGUUCCCAACUCUGAUAAGUCUGCCAUAUACUGUCACGGUAUGCCUGAAGCUGUAGUUGAUCGGAUUCUGGAGGUCUCUGGAUUUUCUCGCAGCCACCUCCCAUUCAGGGCUGCAGGUGGCUUGGGAUUUCGGAAAUUACAUGAUUGGAACAUGGCUGCCAUGGGAAAAUAUGUUUGGGCAAUUGCCAAGAAGAAAGAUAGCCUGUUUGUCAAGUGGAUAAAUAGUGUCUAUUUGAUGAAUCACAAUUGGUGGGAUUAUAAAUGUCCCAUGGACUGCAGCUGGUACUGGAAGUGUUUGGUGGCUGUGAAGGAUAGUUUCAGAAUGAAAAUUUCUCAGGAUUCUUUUUUGUCCCAGGAAUAUACUAUCAAAUGGGGAUUAGACUUGCUGUUUCCUCAAGAGUCUAGAGUAGCAUGGAGGAAGUUUGUUUGGGAUAGACUCAUUACUCCCAAGCAUCGAUUUAUUAUGUGGUUAGUUAUGUGGGGAAGACUACACACAAAGGACCGAAUUGUUAAAUUCAAGCCUAAUAUUGAUCAGGAUUGCUUAUUAUGUGGACAGGAAAAGGAAAGCAUUGACCACCUCUUUUUCAAAUGUAUAUACAGUCAGAGGUGUUUAGAGGCUAUCAAAAAUUGGCUUAAUUGGAAUGCACAAUCAACUAAUCUCACUUGUCUUCUGCAUUGGGUCUCUCAUGCCAAGCUUAAAUCCAGGAUAUACAAGAGCAUACUGUUCUCUUUUCUUGCUACAACAGUGUAUCAUAUAUGGAGAGUGAGGAAUGAUGCACUUUGGAAUCACAAGCUUUGGCAAAUUCAACACACAGUUAGUAGAAUUCAGCAUGAUUGUAAAUUUCGGGUAUUUAGUGUGUUGCCAUGUAAAGCAUCUAGGAAAGAUAGAGAAUUUAUUAACCGUUUGUCUCUGAAUUGA